AUGCCAUGGUCUUUAGCAUGUGACGGUUAUAUCAGACGUACUUAUAAUGCAUCUGUUGAUGAGAAUCGAAAACUGAAAGAUGACUGGCCGGGAAUGGAGAACACAGAACUUCUUGUUGAGAAAGCAAUACCGCUAUUCAUUUUUGCUUCCACUGUGUGCCAUUUCAUCUCCCAGAGGAACUGCGCCAACCCUCAGAAGCAACUACAAAAGGUCUUAACGUAUGAGACAAAGAGUCAGGAAUCGAAGAUGAAUGCGAUAUAUUUACCACCGUUAGAACAACAAUUGGAAGAUCUAUCAUUGCGCAAACAGGAUAAAGUAUUUGACGAAUUCCAGCAGGUUGUUAGUACUAUUAUUCUACUCAAAACUCCCCUGUCGAUGUCCGCUCUGGCGCAGCUCAUCAAUACGACUGAGGAAACUAUCUAUAGGAGACUGGAUAUGAUUCAUUCAUUCCUCAAAAUUUCAAGAACUUUGACAUCCCCUAUCAGAUUGCUUCACCUAUUAUUCCGAGAUUUCUUACUCGACCUCGAGAAGGGGGGGACUAAUAAGUUCUGGGUAGAUGAGAAGCAAACCCAUGAUCGUAUCGCUGAAGCUUGCCUACGAGUCAUGAAUUCUUGUCUAAAAGAAGAUAUUUGCAAUCUAAUAAUCCCUGGGUCUAAGCGCUCAGAAGUCUCUCCCGAGUGCAUGGCGUCGUGCAUACCGAUAAAAUUAUAUGUUUUUUCUAAGCAUGAAAAGGUAUUGUCAUUCCUGAAACGCCAUCUACUUCAUUACAUUGAAGUCAUGAGUCUUGUUGGGCGAUUCGUGGAAAUCUCUCGAGUCGUAAUGAUAUUACAAAAUCUUGCAAAGGAUGGCCCACAUGAGAUGCUCAAAGAGCUGCUUAGAGAUACACAUCGCUUCAUUCUGAUACACUCCACGGUCAUCAACCAAUACUCUCUUCAACUAUAUUCUUCCCUGCUUUACUCAGUACCUACAAAUAAUAUCUUAUCGGCAAUCUUUAUAGCGGAGCUUCCAGACCCAGAGUCUGCUUGGGGCCAACGCCAGCUUGUCCUAGAAGAUGAUAAAUCAUGGAAAGUCGAGUCUAUCACAAUGGAUGAUUCGCGUUUGGCCUAUCUGUUCUCCGAUGGGACCAUUCGAAUAUGGCUCUUGGAUACAGGUGAACGCAUUCGCGAAAGCUCCAGCGAGAUCGGUCAACGUUUAGAAGGUCAAGAAGGCGAAAUUACGCUUUGUCGCAAUUUAACAAUAAUUACCUGCAACGACAAGGACAAGGGCGGUCAACUAAGUCUUCGCCAUGCGGAUACGGGGGACGUGGUCGAACGAUAUGAUCUGCCUCCAGGCUAUUCCAAAAGUGUCCAGAUAUCCCAAAAUUCGCAAUACAUUGCCUUUGUGGGUUCUGAUAACACGCCAGUCCUGCUGCAUAUAGACGCCACGGAUUGUCCACGGCAUAUUUAUCUACACAACUCUACAGCAGUUGCAUUUAUUUCCGGCGACAGUGGCAGGUAUGCGGUCUGGAAUUUGGAGACAUGUGAUUUCAUUCGACAACGUCACCGUUCGAACAGAUGUAUUCAAGACAUGAUCUGGUGUGAUUCCUCUCUGUUAACGUCUGUGUCAUUUUCUCUGACACAGAAGUCGUGGGUGAUUUUGGCAUAUUCUGAUGAAGACGGCAGAAAUAUGGCCACGUUGGAGUGGCUACAUUCUGGUAAACUCAUAUGUCAUUUGCAGACCGAAAAUGACUCGAUCCAGGAAAUUUAUUUUUCACCAGACAACACCACUCUAGCGUUGGUCUCUUGGAAUGGCGCCGUGGAAGCACGAAAGAUUGCUACAGAAGAAUGUUUAGCAAUUUCUGAAGUUGAAGGAGAUUACGAUCUGACAACCCUCUCACCAACUUUCGACUUGGUUGCUUCAGUUGAGAAAGACCACACUACUAUCGUCCGGCGAAACGACCUACACGAAUCAGAAGAGGAGGAUCAUCCAAUUUAUCUCUUGGCUCUCUCUCCGGAUCAGAGACAUAUCGCUUCAGCUUCAUAUGGAAAUGUUCCCUGCCUGUGGGAUGUUCUUACUAGCGACGGCAUCCAUGAGCUUUAUCCGGUAACCGUCCCAGAUCGGUUCGUUGGAUGGACCAACUCUUUUCAAUUUUCCCCUAACUCUGGUCAUUUUUGUGUACAUAAGGGAGGCUUCGUAUCAAAUGUUUUGCUGGAGAUUUGGUAUGUGAAGACAGGGCAACACGUUCGCAAUAUCCGGGAUGAAAACUCAUGGUGCGAAGAUAACAACAUGCGUACAGAGCUCCAAGGAACUAUCUCCCCUGAUGGUCGCUGGAUCUUUACAAUUCGUGAGCAUGGCUUGUCUCUUUGGGUGCUUGACGAAUUGUCUUCACCACGAGAACUCGCUUUCCAAGGCACUGUUUGCGAUGUGAUGUUUUCACCUGAUUCCCUGCUGUAUGGUUACCCCACGAGGGUAGUGAUCCGAAGGAUUCAUUAA